AUGGCCUUGGCUUUUGCUGUGAAGGAGAUCAAUGAGAACCCCCAAAUUUUACCCAAUAUCUCCCUGGGUUUCCACAUCCUCAAUAGCUACUACUCGGCCAAAAUGACCUUCAAGGCCACCCUCAACCUGCUUUCCACACAACAUCGCUUUGUCCCCAACUACAAGUGCCAUGACCAGAACAUUCUGAUAGCUGUCAUUGGGGGAUGCCUCUCGGAAAUCUCUGCAAAUGUGGCCAUCCUUUCAGCCAUCUGGAAGACUCCACAGAUCACCUAUGGGUCAUUCCUGCAAGGACACAGGGGCAACACCCUCUUCCCUUAUCUGUACCAGAUGGUCCCAAAUGAAGUCCUACAGUACAUGGGAGUUGUGCGGCAACUUCAGCAUUUCAGAUGGACAUGGAUUGGGCUCCUGGCUGUGGAUGAUGACAAAGGGCAAAGGUUCCUGCAGACAAUGGUGCCACUGCUUUCCCAGCAUCACAUCUGUGAUGCCUUCAUAGUGAGAAUACCAAAAUUGGAUUACAUGGAAGAGGCAAUAGAAGUGAUGUUGCAGCAGUGGAAAAGCUACAAUACUGUCUUUGAGAGCAAAGCCAGUGUAGUCUUUGUAUAUGGAGAAGCUCCCUCUUUUCAGUCUUUGACGCUACUGCUCUUUCUUGUACGCUUCUUGGACGUGCUACCACUGGGUAAAAUAUGGAUUGUUACCUCCCACUGGGAUUUUGCAAUAGUUCCUCUUCAAAGGAUAUGGGAUAUGCAAACCUUCCAUGGUGCCAUAUCUUUCUCUGUUCACUCUAAUCAGCCAUUAGGUUUCCAAAAGUUUGCACAGACAAUUAGCCCUUCAUGGGAAAAAGAAGAUGGCUUUAUUCAGGACUUUUGGCAAAAUGCAUUCAACUGUUUUCUUAAACUCUCUGAUGGGUGGGAGGAGAGCAAGGAGAUCUGCUCAGGGAAUGAGAAGCUGGAGAGCCUUCCUGAAACAUUCUUUGAAAUGAAUAUGACUGGUCACAGCUAUAACGUGUACAAUGCUUUGUACAUUAUUGCACAUGCUUUGCAUGCCAUCUAUGAAAAUGGUUCCAAACAUGGAAGAUUGGGAAAAAGAGAGUGUCUGGCAUGUCAGAAUGUGCAACCAUGGCAGCUCCAUCACUUUCUAAGAAGCAUCUCAUUCAAUAACAUUGCUGGAGACACUGUGCACUUUAAUGAACAUGGAGAGUUGGUUGCAGAGUUUGAUGUUACCAACUGGCUGAUUUUUCCCAAUGGCUCCAUGGCUAGAGUGAAGGUUGGAAGGCUGGACCCCCAGGCUACUGCUGGCCAAGAGUUAACCAUUGAUGCUGACCAAAUCACGUGGCACACAAGCUUUAAUCAGGGGGUGCCCAUUUCCAAGUGCAAUGACCACUGCUAUCCAGGCUACAGCAGGAAAAAGAAGGAGCAGGAGAAAUUUUGCUGCUAUGACUGUGCUCCAUGUCCAGAAAGCAUGAUUUCUCACCUGAAAGAUAUGGAUGCCUGCAUCAAAUGUCUAGAUGAUCAAUAUCCCAACAAGCAACAAUCACAAUGUGUUCCCAAGAUUUUAAGCUUCCUCUCUAACAUUGAAGCUCUAGGUAUCACCUUGACUACCUUGGCCAUUUUGUUCUCUUUCAUCACAACUUGGGUGCUUGGCACUUUUCUCAUGCACAAAGACACCCCCAUAGUCAAAGCCAACAACCGAAGCAUCACCUACAUCCUCCUCACCUCCCUCCUUCUUUGCUUCCUCUCCACUUUGCUCUUCAUUGGGCAGCCUGGAAAGCUGACCUGCCUCCUGAGACAAAUGGUUUUCAGCACUGUCUUCUCUGUGGCCCUUUCCAGCAUCUUGGCUAAAACCAUCACUGUGCUUCUGGCAUUUGUGGCCACCAAGCCAGGGUCCAGGGUGAGGAAAAGGAUGGGGAAAGGACUAGCCAAUUCAAUCACCCUUGGUGGCUCCUUGAUUCAAGCAGCCCUUUGUGCACUUUGGCUGAGCACGACUCCUCCAUUUCCAGAUGUGGAUGUGCAUUCCCUGAGUGACAAAAUCAUUCUGGAGUGCAAUGAGGGCUCUGCUUCCAUGUUGUAUUGUGUCCUGGGCUACUUGGGAUCCCUGGCUAUAGUCAGCUUCACUGUGGCUUACCUAGCCAGGAAGUUGCCCGACAGUUUCAAUGAGGCCAAGUUCAUCACCUUCAGCAUGCUGGUCUUCUGCAGUGUGUGGUUGUCCUUUGUUCCAGCCUACCUGAGCACAAAAGGGAAGUAUGUGGUGGCCGUGGAAAUCUUUGCCAUCUUGUCAUCUAGUGCUGGGCUUCUGGGCUGCAUCUUCGGCCCCAAAUGCUACAUUAUUGUACUCAGGCCUGAGCUGAACAACAGGGAGCAUCUAAUAAGAAAGAAAAAUUGA